AUGCGCCCAUUCAGCCGACCAAUGGCCAAGCACGCGCCGCGCGCCCACCUGCUGCUGGCCCUCGCCGCCGCGGCCGCGCUUGCCGCCUGCGUGCGCCCCGCUGCUGCCGGCCAGGCGCCGCUGGCGGCAUCGGCGCGCGACGUGCCCAUCUCUGGCCGCGACCGCGUCUACGCGACCUGCCAGACCAGCAAUACCCUGUCAGUCAUUGACCCCGCGGCCGGGAAGCUCCUGGGCGUCAUCACCCUGGGCGGCAUCCUGCCGGCGACGCUGGGCGCCACAUAUAUCGCCAAUUCCCUGGUCCACGGCAUCGGGUACUCACCAGACGGCAGGACCGUCGUCGCCGUCGCCGUGGCCAGCAAUUCGGUCAUCUUCAUAGUGCCGGCCCGACCCGCCGCGCCGGCAGAGGCCCCCUGCCGCCCGGCCCUGCUCAGCCACACCCUCGCCGCCGCCGCCCUCGAAUCCGGCCCCGCCGCAGACACGGCCACCAACAGGGUCAAGGCCACCACCUAUGUGGGGCGCGCCCCCCACGAGGCCUUCUACAACAAGGCCGGCACCGAGGUGUGGGUCAGCAUCAGGGGGGAGGACUUCAUACAGGUCCUCAGCGCCACCACAUACCAGACAAUCGCCAAGAUCACGCGACAGCGCUCGCCUGUGGAUGUGGCAACGCUGGCGCACGUCUUCCUGCCGGUCCCGUUCUGCUGA